CCCGAGAUCGAAUCGGAGGGAAGACGACGAGAGAGCAAUGCCGCUCUGCAGCUUCUACGCCUCCACCUCCCUCCCCGUCGCGAAGCCCCACUCCGUCCCUUCGUCGUCGUCCAGGCCCUCCUGCACCGCCGUGCCUGCGCCGGCGACGUUGACGGCGGCGGCGGCGGCGCUGUCGCUGCACCUGCCGGAGCUGCCGUCGCGGGUGAAGGACAAGAUCCUGAGCCUGGAGCUGAUGGGGGUGGACUACGGGCGCGCGCUGGCGCUGAACCCGGCGCUGCGCGACGCGGCGCCGGAGUCCAUCCACGCGGUGGUGGCGUUCCUCCAGUCGAGGGGGCUCCACUUCAAGGACCUCGGCCGGGUGUUCGGCAUGUGCCCGUCGCUGCUCACCGCCAGCGUCCGCGCCGACCUCCGCCCGGUCUUCGCCUUCCUCACCGACGACCUCGGCGUGCCCGACACCGCCUACCGCCGCGUCGUCGUCAAGUGCCCCCGCGUCCUCGCCUGCAGCGUCCGCGACCAGCUCCGCCCGGCGCUCCUCUACCUCCGCCGCCUCGGCUUCCGCGACGGCCGCGCGCUCGCCUUCCAGGACCCUAUCCUCCUCGUCUCCAGCGUCGAGCGCACCAUGAUCCCCAAGCUCGACUUCCUCGCCGGCCUCGGCAUGUCCCGGGACGACGCCGUCGCCAUGGUGCUCCGCUGCCCGGCGCUCUUCACCUUCAGCGUCGAGCGCAACUACAAGCCCAAGUUCGAGUACCUCGUCUCCGUCAUGGGCGGCGGCGUCGACGACAUCAAGGCGUUCCCGCAGUACUUCACCUUCAGCCUCGACAAGCGCAUCGCGCCGCGCCACCGCGCCGCCGCCGACGCCGGCGUCGCGAUGCCGCUGCCGGACAUGCUCAAGGCCACCGACGACGAGUUCAGGGAGAUGCUCGACAAGGAGCUCGAGCUGCGGAAGCGGAAGCAACCAGCAGCUUGAUGCCGAUCAGUCGAGCGUGCAUGCGUUCUUCUACCAUUCCAUUUGAUCAUGGUAGAAUUAAACUUGGAUUAGCUGCAUGCUUUGUACAUAACUAUUGACAUUAUUCGGCGUCACCGUUGGUGAUUUGUAUUGGAAGAUGGUAAUUUUCACUUCUUUCAUCAAUUAGUUAAUUGUAAACUUGUAGUAAUUUGUAUAGUAGUUUGUACCCGGUGGCCGGUGCAUGUAUAUACCGUUUUACAAGGUAUGAUGGACUUGUGAAUAAAGUCAUGGAGUCCGGCGAAAAA